UUAAGACGGCCUCACAUAUUUAAGAGCCUGCGAAGACUAUCCUUCAUCUCCGUGCUUUAGUGUCUCACAGGUGAACUGAAAAGGAAAACAACUUUUACUUGGUUUUUGUUCUCUCUCCCGAGGAUUUAACCCUGUUUAUUAGUAAUUCAUCAAAGAAAGAAAGGUGUCCUAUCCCCAGGUAUGUUGUUUUUUUUUUUUUUUUUACCUGAUGGUUGGUUAAUUAAUUACAGUGUACUAGCAUUUUGUUGAUGUUAAGUUUUUACAUUUUAAAAUUAUUUACAGUGAUUUAUAAGUAUAACUAUAUCAAUAUAUAGAGAUAUUGAAAUAGCUCAAGAAAAUUACGUUUAAUUUUUAAAAAAAUAAAAAAGAUUCAAAUUUUUAAAUAAAAAUUUCUUAAAGAAGCGAUAAGAGAAAUGUUGAUAUUUAAUGAUGCUCAUUAGUUUGAAUGUAGUUUGUGCAUCGACGAACAGGAUCACAUCAAAUUUUUAUUAUUGAACUCCUGUUUAUGAAACUAUUGUACUACGCGCAGAGGCAUAGCGAGGGUGUUUGGUGCCCGGGGACAAGAUUCACGCCCGGGGACAAGAUCCAUUUUAAAGCGCCCCUUUUUUUCUUUUUUUCAACUCUCAAGCCCAUUAUUUAGAUCAAUAAAAUAAUAUCAAAGCACAUUUUGGCACCCCUAACUAGCUGGCGCCCGGGGACAUCUGUCCCCCCUGCCCUCCCCUCGCUACGCCUCUGACUAGGCGGGUGCUAACGGACAGCAAAUGUAUGAAGAAACAUUUGCUUUGAAAAUAAUUUUGCGAGAAAAGUUUAUGCGAUUUUUUUUUAUUUCGUCCCUAAAUUACGAAUCAUAACACGAAUCUCAGACAUUAUCAAGCAAAUUGCGCGUCGACAUGAGGUCAGAUAUUCAGAUUGGCUAAUGGCCAAUUUAUAAUCUGAAGCCUUAAAGCGAUCUUUUAUUUUUAAAAAAACAAACACAUAUUGGAGGGUUAUUUAAAAACAAUUUAUAGAGUUAAGGAAUUAAGAGUAUUCUGUGUUUCCUUGGGUUCUAGCUCAUAAAAUACUCCUUGGACUAUCGGUAGGCGAUAUUACGUCACUCCGCCUUUUUUUUUUGUUUAAACACAACCAUACAUUGACGCGAAGCCUUUAGAAAUCUUAAGUUUAGCUUGAAUUUUUUGUUGAUUUUUUAGUUGUGUCCUGGGCCUGAACUCUACGAUGUUCGUUGUCUCUUUUUUUUUUUUUUUUCUUUUUUUUUUUUUUUUUUUUUUUUUUUUUUUUUUGUUUUUUUGGUGAUUCACACACAUAUACAACUCACAGAAAUAAUUAGUACUAACACAUGCUCCUCAGUCGCGCCUAUGGAAUUCGAUCGAAAAAUAACAUCGGACGUCUUACUCUUCCAACCAAUGACUGUAGAAACGAUUUUCAACUACGUGUGUUAGAUACCUUGAUAACAAUUGUACAUGUUCACACUCGAGUGUUUGAGUAAUGCAUUUGUCUAAGUUGUGUAUUUCUUUUGUGUUAUCUCCACGAGUUCUGACUCCAAAUUUCAUGGGUAUGAUAUUAUUUCUAGUAUUUUUUUGUUUUUGUUUUAUUUUUUUUUUUUUUUUUUGUUUUUGUUUUUUUUUUUUUUUUUUUUUUUUUUUUUUUUUUUUUUUUUUUUUUUUUUUUUUUUUUUUUGUUUUUUUGGUGAUUCACACACACAUACAACUCACAGAAAUAAUUAGUACUAACACAUGCUCCUCAGUCGCGCCUAUGGAAUUCGAUCGAAAAAUAACAUCGGACGUCUUACUCUUCCAACCAAAGACUGUAGAAACGAUUUUCAACUACGUGUGUUAGAUACCUUGAUAACAAUUGUACAUGUUCACACUCGAGUGUUUGAGUAAUGCAUUUGUCUAAGUUGUGGACUUCCUUUGUGUUAUCUCCACGAGUUCUGACUCCAAAUUUCAUGGGUAAGAUAUUAUUACAAGUAAUAUUCCCCGAAAGAGCCCAUUUAAUAAGCGCCAUUGUCCUCCAAUUGAUUCCCCCAUACAAUGUUUCCCACCUGUCCAUGCCCGACAAUACAGCUCAUAAUUAAAUAGCUCACCAGGGUCGAACCCCAUAUCCCCUUUUCACCCCUCCCUUUCCUACGCACCUUGUGAUAACCUAAUCAAAUUUUGUAAAGGCUGCGACUAUUCGUACCCGGGUAGCAGAAGUGGGAGGUUGAGAUUAAAAAACUAUUUAAAUAUUAUUGUUGGGUUUGUAAGACAAAAUGAGGUAUCAAAUGGAAGAUAAUUGAAUGGACUAUAUUUUUGUAAACUUAAUUCUUAAGUUUAACUAAAAUAAACUACCACAAAUGACAUCCGAAUAGCUUGAAUCUAAUGGUACCCGGGUGCGAAUGGCGGCGCUGCGUGCCUGGGUCCAUUUUGACUCAGUGCUAUUCAGAUGUCAUUCGUUGUAGUUUAUUUUAUUUAAACUGAAGAAUUAAAUUUACAAACAUAUAGUCCAUUUAAUUAUCUUUCAUUGGAUAGGCCUACCUCAUUUUGUCUUACAUACAAACCCAACAAUAAAAUUGUUAAUCGUUUUUUAAUCCCAACCCCUCAAUUCUGGUACCCGGGUACGAAUAGCCACUUCGUUUUGUAAAACGUAAUCUGAAAAAAAAAAAUCCUCAUCAUUCAAAUCCAGUAGCGAUUUGGGGCAUGUGCCCCUCUGCCCAAUGCAACGAAUAGUUUCAUCGCUCAAUGGUAGACCCCUCAUAUGUUUUAUCUCAUGAUAUAGUGACUUCAUGUUUAUAAAUACACAAAAUCUAACAAAAAUAUUUUUUAAAGUUAUUUUCUACAUGUGAACCUAAGACAUUCCAGGCAUGAAUUGAAAUAAUCAGCCUUUAUGUCAUACUAUAGUUAAACUGUUCUAAGCUACAUUUUUACACUCAGAUAACUAUACCGCUGAAUUAAGUUUGCAAAAUGUUCGAAAUCUUGCUCAUUUAAAGCUACAGAUCAUGAUAUUUCUUUUCUAGGCUCAGGCCGUAGUUAGACUCACACAUUUAAACAUUUUUAAUCCAUUAUAAUGGGUUAAUUUGUCUGUGCAAACUUUAUGUAAAGCUAGUUCUCUAAGCGUUCCAGGUAGUUACACAAUAAUAUGCCGCCAAUCAAUGAUAUGAAACCUUUUUACAUGUGUCGCAAAAGUAAUAAAUAAUCUCUGUUUGGUGGAGGUGGGGGGAGGGGGGGUGCUGUCAGCGGCUAGUCGUCAAUCGCAUUGAUUAAGAUUUUGGAGUCUAACGAAAGGUGGGCAUUCCGCCGUUAAACAGGUAAAGUGAAAUCAAUAGCAACUAAGUAAAUUCAGAAACAAGGUACAAUGUAGAGGCGCCACGAUGGCUUGGCGCCCUGGAUUUGUCUAGGAUUACUGUAAAUGUUCAGCACGAGAAGUGACAGGUCAAUGACAAUGUAGUAGGACUACGUUAGAGAUUUCGUUACCGACCACUAGUGAGGUGGGUUGAUUCUGUUGACAAAGCAAACAACUAAAAAUGUGGUUUAAACAAAACGAUUGACCAAAAAAAGAGAUUACUCUCUCAACACGUCUGUCUGCACGAUUUUGGCGUGACGACAAUCCAUGCAAGCCUUUCUUACCAGUUCUUCAGAUUAAUUAGAUCAGUUUUGUCGGAGAUCGCUAGUUUCAAAGGCAUAUUUUAAUGAGAUAUAAUAGCUGAUUUAUAAAUACAUUUAUAUAUAUAUAUAUAUAUAUAUAAAUAUAGGAUUAAAUUAUUUGGAUAAAUAAUGCGAGAACAUUCUAGUUCAUAAUCUAGCUUCGUCGCCAUGGCCGCCUUCUAUAACAAAAUACCACAUGUUGAGAAUGCAUGGCAAAGAUUGUCUUUUCUUUCUUCUUUUUUUUUUUCCGUUGUCAAUAGAAUAAUAGUUUAAUAAUAGAAUUCAUUGUUUCAUGAAGGUUUUGAAGGUUUACAUUCAUGCCACUUUCAAUUUUGUUUUCGAGAAUGCUAAAAAAAAAAAAUUUAAUAUUUUUUAUUUUAUUGAUGUGUUCAAUCUAUGUGAAAUAAAAGCCAACUAAAACGCACCCACCCACUUACUAAUCAAGAGACAUCAAAAACAUCAAGCCCCUGUGAAGUUUAACAAUUUUUCAAUGAUGAUUCCUUUUAUACUUUAAGGGUGCACUUACAAUGAUUUUUUUGUUCUUUAAUGUAACGUUUCUUCCUUCUUCUUAGCCGUUCUCACUCCCAUGGGGCCUAGGCCGUCCACAUUACUCUUCCAGCUGUCCCUGUCCUGGGCUAUCUUUGCUAGUUCAUCCUAGCUUUUCUUCAUCCUCUUCAUCUCUGUCUCUACUCCCCUCUUCCAUGCGGCUCUUGGUCUUCCUCUUUUCCGGGUACAUUGAGGGUUCCAGUUCAGGGUCCGUCUGGUGAUGUUAAUGUUUGGUUUCCUUAAUGUGUGCGCCCCAUGUAACCUUUAAAUGUCCUAAAAUGACCAAAGGUCGAACAAUUUUUUUUUUUUUUUUUAAAUCCUUAAUUAUUUUUCUUGAGCUUGUUUUCCUUUUGAGUCUUGUUGUCACGUGUAUCCUUAAUGUGUGCGCCCCAUGUAACCUUUAAAUGUCCUAAAAUGACCAAAGGUCGAACAAUUUUUUUUUUUUUUUUUAAAUCCAUAAUUAUUUUUCUUGAGCUUGUUUUCCGUUUGAGUCUUGAUGUCACGUGUCAUGGGUUUUGCGCUGAAUUGAAACAAGCAAUCUUUUAUUAUUGCCAAUGCGCAUCCAACACGAGUAUGCAAAAUUCAGGUUCUCAAACCAUUUAUUGUGGGUUAAAUAACCACUAUUAAAGACACUUUAGACAACCAAGUGCCUGGUUACGUAUAACUAAAUGCAAGGGUCGGGGGUGAGUACAAAUGAAUUCAGCCCCACCGUCUGAUUGUUGUUUAAACUUCAACGAACGAAAAGUUGCGUAGGAAGGGGCUGCGUAGGGGGGCCGUCCGCACGCAUUGACACUUGUAUACAAAUAUUUAGAAGUGGGUUUUUUGUUUGUUUGUUGUUUUUUUUUUUUUGCUCACUGCAGAGGUUUUGGGUUUUUUCUUGGAAAUCAGGUAGACAAAAUGCAUGGACCGCCCCGAGGGACACCCACCCUGGCUACGCCACUGCUUUUGACUAUGAACAUCUAUUACCAGAAGAAUUAAAAUGUUUCUUCUUAGCCAAUCCUAUUGACUAAUUUGUUUCAUUUUCUCAAACAUCGUUGUAAAAUAAGGAUGUUCUGGAAAUAUAUAUAUAUAUAAUUCAAGUCCAAGCCCCCUUGUAGACAAUACUAAAGCCGCGAACUCCACUACGGCGGAAUGGCUUGUUAAUUACUUUUAGUAGCGUUGACAGCUGUCACUACUGACAACAACUGUGUUUCCCCGUGACAAUCCAUUCGUUGCACUUAUGUAAGCGAGCCUGUAGCGUUUACAAAUGUUAAUGCUGUAAAGGUCAUCCUAUCAGUAUCAUUGUAUAGGGUUUGCAUGACCCAGAAGAAAAAAAAGGUUAUAUCAUCAUUGCUAGCUGUGAGUAGCCAUGUGGGGUGACUUUUAAACAAUAACUUAAUUAUUUCUUCUUGUUUUUUUUUUUUUAUAUAUCACUUUCCCCCAGUUUGUCACGGUCUAACGUAAUCAAAACAGAAAUUAUCAAUUCUCUUUGUUCCUAGAUGGGAAACGCUUGACAUUGUCUACAUCAUGAGGCAUUUAGUGACGGUCUAUAACGUAAUUAAUACAGAAAUUAUCAAUUUUCUUUGUUCCUACACGGGCCGUGCCUGACUACGUCUAAGGGGUGGGGGGGGGGGGGGGGCGCAUUUAGUGACGGUCUAACGUUGAGCCACUAAUUGAUUUAAAUGCAUUGACUUUGAAGGCUUACCGUUGAGGUCGUGAAUAGGGUCAUGGUGAGGAACUUUUGUUAAUAAUGUAUAUGACAGAGCACCACCAAACAUUCUUUUUAAGGUAAAGGGCAAACCAAAAAAUACGUUUUUUGAUCCGAUAUCCUCCACUUAUUCUCAUGUGUUAUAUGCCGAGAUAUUUUUCCUUGUUAAAAAUUCAGAAAGUUUUUAUUUAUAGUUUUGUUCCCCAAAGGACAACAACGGCAUGCAUGGCUCCCAGUAAGAAUAAGACAGUGUCAUGGGGGGGGGGGGGGGGGGGGGGGGGGGGGGGGGGGGGGGGGGGGGGAAGAGGACCUGGUCCACUAGGGGCGCUUUUUUUGUUGUUUGUUUGAUAUUGGGGGGCGCCAUUUUUGGACAACUGCAGAGUCGUAAAUUUUUUUUGCGGAAUGGGCCAUGGGCGUUUAUGCUGCGAAAGAACAUUUCAAUUCUUGUGCCCAACCCACUUUGGUUUGGUAUGUAGAUGAGUCAAUCACUAUACAGCGGUCAUUUUUUUGAAGUUUAUAAAUAUUUUUUAAAUUAUAAUUUUUAGAUAGGUCAGACAUGUUAGCAUCGCCUUUGGCCAUAUGCCAGUCCUGCCAACACAUUGUAUAGCCGUGUUCUAAGGUUGUGUUGUGAGGUCAGCUGUGUCUUAAAAGGUUCCACAUACACGCACAGAGCAAAACAAUGGAUCCUUUAUCGUACUUUAGAUGGUAGAUUUCACUUGGCAGGCAUAAACUCUUGUCUGUCACAAUUUGACCUGACUGUUUUUAGGCCUCCCCCCGGCGGUGUUGGAAGUUAAUUAAUGGGGUAAAGUUCCUUUGAUCUAUGAGCGCUGGAUAUGCCACGGCAGGUUUUAGUUUUCAUCGCCUAUUUGAAAGCAACAGAGAGAGUCGAGCUUAGAAACGCAACUAUUUGAAGACCCAUCCAAAAAAAAAAAAUAUGUUACUGUUCUGCAGUCAGUAACUUUAUCAGUUUGAAGAUGUUGUUUGUUUCUUAAAGAUUAAUAGAGACGUGUAUUUAAAAGUUUUAAAAGUGCUUUCUUUCUCCAACUGGUGUAAAGUAUUACAGAAUCUUGCAACGCUUUUGAAUGAAGUAAAGAAGAAUUAUAGGUUUUAGCAAUACAAAUUUCCUUUUAAAAAAAUCCUCUCUCCAAUAUUAACAGGGAUUGAGUUGUUUUUUUUUUUUACAGCACAUCGUUUUGCUACAAACACGUCCUUUUAUUCAGUUAUGUUUGCUAUGGGUCAUAAAUAUUUCCAUACGCGACUAUGUAAGUGCUUAAUUUACCUACGCUAUGUGCGCCUUGCCGGGCGGGUAUUCACACCUGGGACCUCUGAGGCGUAACUGUUUGAUGCACCCUGUUGCGGUGCAGCACGUCACGUGGUAUUGCCGUAAUCACGUUGACAGGCGACGAUGCGUGUAUAUUUGAAACCCGCUGUAGCACGUGGUAUCCUCCGAAUGCCGGCCAGGCCACGCCUCGUCACACACGGGUUGCUGGCCAUUGGUGAAACGGAAACGUUUGUUCAUUAGUGAAUAGAUGUUUAACUAGGUUAUGAAUUGCCGGUAGUGAACCUUCGAACUGCGCUAGUGUAGGAUUGUAGGAAUUAUAUUAUUGUUUUUGUUGGGUUUUUUUUUUUACAACAGACUGUCAACUAGUGGGAAAUGCACUUUACUGCCAUUAAAUGCUCUUUAUUUUAUAAUGGCUGCGUGCAAUGACUCGUCUAUAGGUAGAAAGAGAGGGGUUGGGGGUCAUUAGAAAAAGGAGGUAUGGGUUUUUUUUUUUUUUUAAAAUGAGGGGUUUGGGUUAUUUUUUGGGACCGGGCACAAGAUUUUGGUAAUUACUGUUUUGUUUUUUUUUAAAUAUAUUUAUAUUUAUCUUUAUAUUUUUUUUCAAACUACUUAUCGUAUGAAUAGAGACAUUAUAUAGGGGUAAUGGGAGGGUGGGGUGGGGGGUAGGACAUCAAGAAGAUCUUUGGUAUAGGCCAUGAUAAUGAGCACCAUGUAAGCGUAAUGAGUUGAUAUUGAACACUAUGUAAGCGUAAUGAGUAUGAGCACAAUUUAUGCAUUUUGAAAUAAAUUUGAAAUUUUUAAAUAAUCAAAGUGAAAUUAAAUUAAUUAUAUAGUUAAGAAAUAGCUUUUAGAUAUAUUUUUAUUUAGAAGAAAAAAAAAGGCAAGUAUUUUUAUUUAAAAGUUAGAAAGCGCAUAAAGAAAAACGAUUAUAUUUCAAAUGCACAAAAGAUAAACUUGAAAUUAUCACACAACCAUAAACAUUGAGAAAUUUCUAUGUGACACUGUUCAGUCAAUGGGUUAAAUUUGAACAGCUUAAAAAAAAACAGUGAUAAAUUAAUAUAAGAUUUGGAUCCAAAUGUAAAUCCAACUUUAAAAAAAAAAACAAUAUCAGCUCUGCGGCCGUCUAUAAACGCGUUCAUUCCUUAUAAUGUUCAGUGAAGAGGAAAUAAAAACAGUCUCACUUAGUUCAAAUGAUAUGAGAGCAAAUAGAUUUUAUUAAAUGAUGUCUAAUUCUCACAAGAAAUGAACCAAACCCGUUACUAAGAUCUUGUUUAGGACGAUUCUGCCUCAGGUCUUUUGAUUUGCCACAUUGAAACAUCCUACAUGAAGAAGGUUACAUUUCAAUAAAAAAAAAAAACUAAUUGUGUAUCAGUGGAUUAAGUUAACCAUCUUGUCUCAUGCCGUGUGUCGCAGAUCAGGAAAUGGUCGCAGAAUCCACGUUGAAGCAUUGGUUCUGGCCCAUACUGGCCCUCGUCUUCGUCGUCCUCUCCAUCGGCCUCUCCAUCGCCCUCAUCGUCGUCUGCCGACAGAGAGAUGACCUUCAGAGCGGCGUGGCCCCCGUUGCUGCAGCGUCGGCGGAGAAAAUCCCGGUGUGUGGCGCCACCAACCUCAACGGCAACACCAUCAACCUGACCGAGCCAGCCUUUCCGACUCUGUUCCAUGACUUGACGAUCCAAGAACUGAAAAAUGUGAGUCAUAGAUUGCCAUCUUAUCGAAAUUAAAUUUGAUAAUAGCUCUUGACGGAAGUAAAGCAAACCGUAACAGGAAAUUUGUUUGAAUGAAAUUUCGUCGACGGAAAUUGAUCGACGGAAAUUCGAUCGAAUCUUUUUUUUCAGUUCACACGUUAAAAUUUUUCGUCAAAUCUCCGUUCGAUCAAAUUUCAGUCGGCCAAAUUUUCGUCGAAGAAAUUUCCCUCAAACGAAUUUCCGGUAAUCAAAAGAAAUUUUGUUUUUUAUUUUGUAUCUCUUCAAUUCAGUGUGCAAACGAAAUACCACGAAACAUUUAGUUUGUUUCCUUCGUAGUGGUACCCAGAAAAGAGGUGCUCAACCAAUAAGAAAUCAAUAAAUAUAAAAUUAUUUGAUUAUAAUCCUUGCUGCGCAACAUCAUCAAUUGGCACGCCCCUGCCCGUAUGUUAACGCUAAGCUUAAUGACUCUAGUAACCCCCACCCCUGUUCUCUAUGAAGGAUUAUACGUCUCUGUUGUCUUCUCAGUUACGCAAGUUCCUAGAGGACCAUCCGGACAUCAAGGCCGCCAAGUCCAGCACAGCCAAGGUCGGCUCAAGCUACAUUUAUAUGAUGGACCUGAUUGUGCCACCCAAGGCGGAGGUCUUGAAAUAUAUGGAGGGAAAAGGUGAUUUAUAUGACUUCAAGAUUUUGAAAUAUAGGUGUUGCCGGUGUGCUUAUAUACUAUGAAUAGGAAGCCAGAAGCCUUAAUUUCAAAUUUCUCUUUGAAAUUUAUGUAUUGUAAAUAUCACAUCCAACUCAAAACCCUGAUACAUAGCAUUUAUAUUGAAAAGAUAUAAUACAUCAGUACUUGUUUUCGACCAUAUGGCGUCUUUAUUUAGGCAAUUAAAGCAUCUUAAUCACUCUGAUUUGUAAUGUUUAAUUAACAAUUUGCCUUGCAAUGUUUGACAAUAUGCACCAAAGGCUGGAGCCACCGUACUAAAAACAACAUAACACAGUAGUGAGCCAUUUUUUGUGUGCUGAUGGCUCAGGGAAAGUAGUUUAUUUUUUUAUAUUUUAUUUAUUUUUUUGGUCUAGCCACAUGACAAGUUCUUGAAAUCUACAUUCAAUGGCAGUAAUUUGAAAAAAUAAGCGGUGGACUUUUUUAUUGUUGAAUUUUCUAUAAUUAUUAUGAUUACAGUUUGUCAAUUUUAUACUGCGUUAAAUGAUUUGAUUUUAGAAGGCUACUGCAGAUGAUCCAUUACACUUACAUAUACGGCAAACAUAAAUCCAUUUGCGGAAGGUCUUGCAGUUCGGAUGAAUUUGUUUUUUUCAACAAUAGUGUUGAUUGACGUUAUUUUUAAAUAUUUUUUUUCAACAGAAAGCACAGCUUCAAGGAGUGCCAGGGUCAUGAUGCUCCGGGGGGACCUGAGCCCACCAGUGGUCCAGGAAUGGAAGUGUGGACCACUCCCCGUAGUUUUCAGCUGUGAGCUCUUGAGGAAAGAAGAAAUUAACACAAGGAACCCGAUACCUUUUUCGGUCAGGUACUGGUGAUGUUAUCUCUUUUCUGUAUUGAACUAUUAAACAAGAUCAUGUGUUUAUCAAAAACGUAUGAAGAAGCCAAGAUAAUAUGAUUGUCAAAAACGUAUGAACUAACUAAGAUAAUAUGUUUGUUACAAACGUUUGAAGUCAAAACAAAGAGAGGUCGUUGUUGCUGAAAGAAAAUUUCUUGGAUGAAUUGUUGUUAAUUUUUUUUAAUGGAGAAAUGCAUUUCUAUUUGUAUAUGUUUAAGUAACAUUUAAUAUAAAUAUCAACAUGGCAGGCAGUGGUUGUGAAGGUUUCAAAUUUAGAAUUGUCAUUUUACCAAAUGUUAUCGACGACAAAAUAAAACUCAAAGUGAAUCUUUACAUAAACAGACAUACACACACGCUCACACAAAACACACAUACGCACACACACAGAGACAACCCCACUAUGACAGCUCCAAAUUUCACCUCCAUGGUAAUGUGAAACAUUUUUUUUAUUGCAUUUAUACAGAAGAAUAAGAGUGUUUUGUACUCCAUGUGUAGAAGCAUUGAUUACAACAGUAACCCAAGAGAAUCAAUGAAGUAGCUCAUAAAAUAUCUACAGAUGAUACUUACUCGAACACGAAUGAGACUGGUGUUUUGAACAUAACCAUUUUUGUUCAUUCUACCGUGAAAUCGUUUGCCUUUCGUAUUUUAAUGUCAAUGUUUAUAUCAUUAAUGGCAUCCCAUCAUUUCAGACCGUUCAACACCUUAGAGAUGGAUGCUAUUGUUCAGAAUCCACUGAAAACUCUUGACUCCAAGGUACGACAUUUUGGAAAUAAAAAUUUAAAAAAAAAAAACAGUAUUUUGUCUCCCUGCAGCAAUUAAUUUUAAUUCAAACGUCAUUUCCGUUUCUUCGCAAAAUGUUCUUUUAGUGUGUUAAUCAAAUUUAUUAAAUUAAGAGGCAAUCUCCUUUCUCAAGGAAGCUGUCCAGGUGCAUCAGUCACAGCUACGUAAACAUAGUAUACACCUCAUUCAUUAUAUCUUGUAGAUGAGGGCAGUUACUGGGUUUCAUUUUUUCUUUUUCAUUUUUUUUUUUUAAAGAACUUUUUUCUUCUCUUAUUCUAUUUAAAAUGUCUGUCUCCCAAUGUUUUUUGGCCCAACAGAUCAGUAGACUUCUCUUAGAAAGCUACAACUCCACCUUCACACAGUGCGUCAACCCUAAAGAUUGUCUGGCGUUCGCAGCAUCCCCAGUGGGCACCGCCCUGGCUGGAAACAUUAACGACAGGUAGUGACGUCAGAUAGUUUGUGGCUGAUUGUAAACCAUUGUUUCUUUAAAAAAAUGUUCUUUCUAAGUUUCUGUUUUUAUUCUGCCAUGCUCUUGAGGACCAUUUCUUCUUAUAAUGUUAAGCGUUUUUGUAGUUGAUUUAUGUUAACAUAGCUAUUUAUGAUCUACCAUUUUAGUUCAUACGUGAUUAGUGUUUUAACAGUAAAACUCUGCACAUACAUGGGAAAUUUUUUAAUUUUUUUUUUCUAUUCCAAACCCAAACCUGUCAUGCGUCUUUUUGGGGUACCUUUAUUGCUUUAAAAGGAAGCAAACCUUAGUAAGAAUAAAUCAAAUUUUAAUACAUGCUUAAAUAGCUUUCAUGGGUGAAAAACAAAUUAUUCCUACGUAGAAAUUUUUUUUUUCUUUCUUGAAACAUAGAAUGUUAUUUGUGUUUAUCUUUCAAAUCUUACAUCCGGGGACUUCUCUGCCCUCUACUUUGUGUGACAACUAAUGACAUUUUUUUUUUUUUAAAUUAUCCGUCUACAAGGGGGAUGUGGCUGUUUGCCCUCUACAACAUCUCCUUUCCAUACCUCCACCCGCUCGGGUUCGGAGUCCUGCUCCAGCUGAAUGGCGCCGACCCCACCAAGUGGACGACCAGCAAAGUGUAUUACAACGGUGAGGUCUACGACACCGCCGAGAAGCUGAUGACUGCCUACGAUACCGCGGCGUAAGUAUUAGAAGCGGAAUUGUGAUUGAAAAGACACUAGUUGCAUCGUUUAUUUCUGUGGACGUCCUGAAAAAAAAAUGACGUGUUGAUUAUAGCAGCUAUUUUCUUCCCUUCCUACAUGUCGUUAUUCAGGCUAGGGAUGACGCGUGGUCAGCCUACGAUGAACAGAGUCACAUAGAUUGAAAUUAAACAACCUCUUUAAAAAAACAACAACAUUUUUUGGUAUAAAUCUUUGAUAAGCAUCUUGGUUUGCAUUUAUGUAAUUGCGCGUGAUUUAUUAUUCGUUAAAGAGCGGUUAUGUAAAUAGGAAAACUUCUGGCAAAAAUACGUUUCAUAUUUCCGUUUUUUCCCCUUCAAAAAUUAAUUGUAUUUUCCUGUAUACCGAAAUACGCCACAAAUACAAAACAGAUAGAAACAGCCACAAAUAAAUCUCCACACCAAAAAUGUGCACCUAUAGAAUAAAUCUUUUAACAUUGCACCCCCAUCCCCUGGAAAAAAAAACAGGACAAACUGACUUUUGGGGAAAGGGUGGGGCUGACAAUGUGACAGAAUGUUUUGUGAUUGGCACUGAGUCUAUGUGCCAAGUUUCAGCUGUGUAGGAUGACGGCAAGUGAAUCAGUUAGCUCAAUCUCUGCGAGAUGCAUGGGAUUGCAAUUAUACUGAUAGAGUUUAAGAAAAUACUUCUUAUAAUUUUUUAAAGGGUAUUACAAAGUCAUGAUUAAUCCUUAAUGGCGUGCGCGCAAUCUUUGAGGAAUCGAAAUCGACUUGACCUAAAUUCAUUAAAAAAAAGUUAAUCCUGACCGCUGUUGCCACCACAGAUUCAAAAAGAUCAACAUGACGAAACCAGUGGAGUCGGACAAGCUCUUCUCAACACUCCAGAGGCGAGGUGAUCCCCAGCCGGCCAAUCCACAGAGACCGCCGACUCUGGUGGAGCCCGAUGGGAAAAGAUAUUCAGUGCAAUACAGAAAGGUGACAUUUGCCUUCUAUUGUUUUUUUUUUAAGUGUCCUUAUAUAUACAUAUAUAUAUGUAUGUAUACACAUUUAAUGAAACCAUUGGUAUGCAAUGUAAUAAUGAUCUGUAAGUUAUACUACAUUCCGUUGUAUCCUUGAUUGCGUGUUUGGAGCCUUUGGAAAAUACGAAGAGGACAUUUAAAUUAAAAUGAACCACUGUCCAGAACAGAGUCAGUAUUUUUUAAUAUUUUUUUUUUAGAUUCUGCAAUGGUUAAAUAUGAAAAUAUAUUCCAGUAAGUCAUUUAUAUUCAUUUAUAUGUUCUGUUUCGAUCAAAGUGAAUCAGGUCAAUGUUACAGCUUUGAUUGGGGGGGGGGGUAAAAGAAAUAAGUCUACACGUGAACAGGGGUAGGCUGUAUCGUAAAUGAUUGAUUUCACAGUCUAUCCAGAAAUUUGCUUAAUGUUGUUAUCUGGCUAUAUAUAUAUAUAUAUAUAUAUAUAUAUAUAUUUAUUAAAAAUAUAUGUUUUUUUUUUAUAUAUUUAUUAUAUUUAUAUAAACUUUAAAUGUUGUUAUCUGGCUAUAUAUAUAUAUAUAUAUAUAUAUAUAUAUAUUGACUUAAAAAAUAUGUAUUUAUUUUAUAUAUUUAUUAUAUCUAUAUAAACCUUUAAGCUAAAGUUUGACAACUAUGGAAGUAAACUAACUGUAAUUUUGAUGCCGUAGGUGACAUAUUUGAACUGGUCAUUCCACUUCCGGAUGUCCGCAUACACCGGCCCUGCUCUUUAUGACGUCAGGUUCAAAGGGGAGAGGAUCGCGUAUGAAGUGGCUCUCUCGGAAAUAGCGGCCUUCUACUCUGGUCAUUCCCCAUAUCCGGUAAGCUCGUCUGUAUUCGUGUUAAGUUAAGCUCUUCAGCAAUGUCAACUUCAUGUGAAAGAAACGGUUGUGUCCAUAAAACAUUUCAACAACCACUGAACAAAAUAUACAAAUCUUCAUUUUAAAAUCAAUAACACAACAAAAUUAUUUAAACUUAUAAAUAUAUAUAUAUAUAUUAUUAAAACAUGUCUAUACAAAUCAUUAUUAAAGAUUUACUCGCGUGGGGGAAGCUAUGGAUAAUUUGUCCCAGAGAUUAACAUGGGAGACUACUUGCCCUAGGACUUUUAGGACAAGAAAGGGGUCUCAAAAGUAAACCGUACUCUUUCCCUGCAUCUGUUUCAAUAGUUUACUUUUAUUGGUUUGAUUUUUUUUUUUUUUAAGCAAACAACCAAUUUCGUGGACAGUGGCUCUCUGCUUGGUACCCAGUCUAGGGCCCUUGUGCCAGGUGCCGACUGUCCUGCGACGGCGACUUUAAUCAAUCAGGUAAUACUUAAGUUUAUAGUUAAAUCUACUUUAGGUUCUAUUGACAGGCCGGUGUGCGACCCCUGGGUUGCUGUGUCCUUGCCGGUGUGCGACCCCUGGGUUGCUGUGUCCUUGCCGGUGGGCGACCCCUAGGUUGCUGUGUCCUUGCCGGUGUGCGACCCCUGGGUUGCUGUGUCCUUGCCGGUGUGCGACCCCUGGGUUGCUGUGUCCUUGCCGGUGGGCGACCCCUAGGUUGCUGUGUACUUGCCGGUGUGCGACCCCCUGGCUUGCUGUGUCCUUGCCGGUGUGCGACCCCUGGGUUGCUGUGUCCUUGCCGGUGUGCGACCCCUGGGUUGCUGUGUUCUUGCAGGUGUGCGACCCCUGGGUUGCUGUGUUCUUGCAGGUGUGCGACCCCUGGGUUGCUGUGUCCUUGCCGGAGUGCGACCCCUGGGUUGCUUUGUCCUUGCCUGUGUGCGACCCCUGGGUUGCUGUGUCCUUGCCGGAGUGUGACCCCUGGGUUGCUGUGUCCUUGCCGAUGUGCGACCCCUGGGUUGCCGUGUCCUUUAAUGUAAUCCCUUUUAUUUUUCACGCGACGUCUAGCAUUUACGACGAUAAGCUAGUUACACCUGUAUUGAUCAGUACAGCCGUGGACUGUUUGUGAACGGGUUAGGUUUGAUUCUCCCUACUGCCAAUAUGUUAUUAAGUGUUUGGGCCAUAACUAAUGUGGUAAGCGGAGGCCAGUAUCCAAGAAAUUCAAUGAAAUUAUAAACUUUAAAAAAAAAAUUGAUAUAAAAUUAAGAAGAAAGUUGAUCCUAACGAUUUAACACGUUACCUUCUCAUACAUAUACAUUUGAAAACUAUGACUGUUGCUAACAAUAGUCAAGAAUUAGUAUUUUUUAAAAUCCUUUUAUAAAUUGUAUUUCUUAUUUUGCAAAAGAGUUUCCAGUGUUUAUUUUAAGGUUGCGGAUAAUACAAUAUCAAAAUCAAGCUUAGUCUCAUUCCUAAAUGACACAUCCAGUUGUUUAUUCUAAAGUGGUUCACCUUAAAGCCAUUGCUUCCCGUCUCAGGAGCAGCACGUGCUGAUUGAUUUGUGCCCAUAGAAAAUGUUAAUGUAUCGUUUUCAGACAUUCCUGAAUCAAAACGGAGAAGCCCCAGGUGUCUACGACGCCGCCUUCUGCCUGUUUGAGAACAACAAUGGCAACCCACUAAGGCGCCACCUAUCGUACUCGCUAAACCAGGGAGGGUUCUAUGGAGGCAUGCUGGACUCAGCGCUUACUCUCAGGUAUUGAAAUGCAUGUCCAGACUUGAUCAUGUUUUGUAAAAGAUGUCAACCAUCUGGUAUAAUGGGAUGUUGUAAAAGACGUCAACCAUCUGGUAUAAUGGGAUGUUGUAAAAGAUGUCAACCAUCUAGUAUAAUGGGAUGUUGUAACAGAUGUCAACCAUCUAGUAUAAUGGGAUGUUGUAAAAGAUGUCAACCAUCUUGUAUAAUGGGAUGUUGUAAAAGAUGUCAAGCAUCUGAUACAUCGGGAUUUGUUAUAAUUCCUAAACAUACUGCAUCCUGCUUUUUGCUUGAACAUGAAAUACGUCAUCAACAAAUAAUACGUUUAUUAGUUUUCUUUGAGUUUAGCGCUAAAUUUCCAUUAGCAGUACGACAGUGGCUAACAGUAACUGUUAAUGUUAAGAAAUAUAUUUACUUGGAUAUCGUCACGUGAGACUUUUCACUCGAUUACAUGUGUUUUCACUAGUAUUCUUAUUUGCUGCAAUUUCAGAUCUGCACUGACAAUCGUUAACUAUGACUACAUCAUUGACUUUAUCUUCCACCAAAAUGGAGUCAUGGAGACAAAACUCAUGCCCACAGGUAACUAAAUAAUGACCUAUGGAAAAACACUUUAAAUAUUUUUUUUUGAAAUACUCAUAUGGAUAUCAACAAUGAAACUAGCUGACAAAUAAGUCCGUAAGAUUAACUUUCUCAAGUCAAAUUGUUUCCCAUGUUCAAACGUCGUGAACAUAUUAAUACUGGACACAAGUCCUAUAGAGUUUGUCAUUGGCGGAAAUCUAGUAAUAGAACAUCCGGGCGUACGGUCUGGCCAAUUGCAUUACGGAUAUUAAUAAAGCAUAAUGGUUUUCCAUUUGGCCAAUCUCUAAACAUCUGUUCGGUACUUCUACUUGAAUGUGAGCCAGCAUGGUGGGUCUUAACCUAGACGAAAAUAUUUUUGCAAUUUUAUUUGCUAAAGAUUUGUUUAACAAAUUGUUAAUGUUAUAUACAUCAGUAAAUAUAUUGUUAGAAGCUAUGUUCUGGGAAACAUUGUCUAAAAUAGUAACAUUACGCAAUGCAAUUUUACGUUUUCCGGUCUUAGAUAGGACAAAACCUUGUUCCAAGAUCAACGUCAACUUUAAUCUAAGCUAUUUAUCAUCUGAUCCUACGGCAUUAUGAAAGCUAUAAUGCAGCUCGCUAAAGGAAACACAAUUUAAUCUUUCCUCUCCAAAACCCGACAGCAACAGGCAAAAGAUGGGACGGAUUUAAAGCGAGUCCAUAUUCCACGUCAUAGAUACAUACAAUCACGUCACGAAUAGGUCACAAGCCUCACGGCGACCAGAACGUUCAUUAAUGAAACUAGCACUCAAAGCCACACCGCGCACAAUAAAGCAUAGCAUACGGUGCGCAACAUUUACAAGUCAAUAUCCACUCUCUACACAGACAAGAUAUCAUUUUAAUCAUUUUUUUAAAUUAUUAAAAUAUAAAAGUUCAUCGCUGAUAGAAAAUAAGAACGUCAAGAGAUCCAAUAAACUCGUUUAAAAAAAAUACACUUCCUAAAUUCUUAAAGAUUUCAACAAUUUGUUUCCCACUGCAAUGCCCCAGAGAGCAAAGUGCCGUUGUGUGCAAUUAUUAUUUCAUUUUGAACUGCACUAAAUAUAUAUAUAUAUAUAUAUAUAUAUAUAUAUAUAUAUANAUUGCACUUAUAUUAGACAAAUUAAAAAAAACUUUAAUUUCUAUUAAAUUGCACAGGUUACGUGCUAACCAACUUCUACAAAGAUGUCGAGGCCGCCUAUGGUUUUAAAAUACAAAAUAACAUCAUUGGCAACAUUCAUCACCAUUUGGCACAUUUCAAGGUCGACCUUGACAUUGGCGGAUCCGCACUGAACAGGUUCCAAACGUUGGACAUACUCCAGGAAACAGUCCAAAGAACAGACGUAAGUCACUUUAAAUUAUCUGUUUCAAUGUCCUCCUGCGAAGAAAAAAAAAGGUAAAAUCAAAACACAUUGGAACGGUUUAACUAUAGAACCCAGCGAAACAAAUGUCUUAUAUUUUGAGAACCCUUUUGCUGCAAUCACAAAACACACACCAAAAAUCAAAAGAAAGAGGAAAAGACGGUAGGCCUCUCUUCCAUCACACAGCUUGAAUGCAGUGGUCCAAUAUCUCCUCUCUGCAUGCUUGGUGUUUCACCUACCCCUGCUCACGCAAACACGCUUUUUAAAAGAAUAUUUGAUGGUUAUGUGUUGUUGUUUUUACGGUAAAAUAUUAGAGGCUUGAAAGUGUACUGGUGUAAGAAUCUAAUGUCAUGAAAAUGCUAACUCAUCUUUUCUUAGCUUCUACGUUAAGACGCAGCAUAAUUUGUAUUCAACACACAGUACAACAAGAAUUACAUUAAAAGUCUCGUUAGCAGGAACGAAUUGCCAAUACCCUUUGUUUUUCUUUAACUUUGCAAGAAUAUAAAAUAUUUUAUUUUUUUUAACAAUUAAAAAACACGCUCUAGUCAGUUGUCAUGACAUCAUUAGUUAGAGUGUUACCAAGUACCGAAAAAUGUUUUUAAAAAAAAAUGUGAUAUAUUAAGACUAAGAACACAGGGUAAAAACAACACAUUAACCAGAUAACUGAGCCACAUCUUUCAGCAGUUCUCCUACUUGGCCUUGUUUGCUCCCGGGGAUGCGCAGGCCAUUUCACAUUUAUGUAUUAUCAUUUAUAUUUAUCCUUUCCUGGUCGCUCACUUUCUUGCCGUCUCUGGCUUCAUACUAUCCUGUCCCAAGCCUUUAACUCUCGUACAUUUCACAAGACUCACAUGUUGUUUUGCGAUCCCACCAUUCCAGGACCCGACCAAGCAGAUCAAUCAGAACAGAAUCAAUAGGAUGUUAAAGACCACAGAGAAAGAAGCCGUCAUCGACUAUGACUUCAAUACACCAAAAUAUUUGAUCGUUUACAACAAUGCGUCUGAAAACGCUUUGAAAGAGAAGAAAGGGUUUAGGUAAGUCAUUGUGUUUAAGGUUGUAAUGAGAAAAAAGGCUUUAGGUAAGUCACUCUGUUUAAGGUUGUAAUGAGAAAAAAGGCUUUAGGUAAGUCACUCUGUUUAAGGUUGCAUUGAGAAGAAAGGGUCUAGGUAAGUCAUUCUGUUUAAGGUUGCAUUGAGAAGAAAGGGUUUAGGUAAGUCACUCUGUUUGAGGUUGCAUUGAGAAGAAAGGGUUUAGGUAAGUCACUCUGUUUUAGGUUGCAUUGAGAAGAAAGUGUUUAGGUAAGUCACUCUGUUUGAGGUUGCAUUGAGAAGAAAGUGUUUAAGUAAGUCACUCUGUUUGAGGUUGCAUUGAGAAGAAAGGGUUUAGGUAAGUCACUCUGUUUGAGGUUGCAUUGAGAAGAAAGGGUUUAGGUAAGUCACUCUGUUUGAGGUUGCAUUGAGAAGAAAGUAUUUAGGUAAGUCACUCUGUUUGAGGUUGCAUUGAGAAGAAAGGGUUUAGGUAAAUCACUCGUUUAAGGUUGCAAAAAGAAAAAAAAAACAACAAACAAAGAUUAACCACUUGAUAAUCUUUUACUAUAUAAAAAUGAAACUGAAGAUUAACCUCGGCUUUAAUUUCUUUUCUUUUUUUUUAUUCAUAAAUAUAUCAAAUUUAUUUUUCAUUUUUAAUAUUUUGCAGAUAAUUUCUAUCAUUCCGAAAACUCACAAAAUUUGCCAAGUACUAUAAUUGGUUUUGUUCCUCUCUUAUUCCAUCCUUAAAAUUAUAUUCUUAUAACUUAACUUUUCAUUUAUUCUAUUUUUUUAUAUUUUUGGUCUUUAAUACAGAAUAAAUAAACUUAUUUUUAUUCCAAUGUAUGACACUGUACAUCGAAUAUAAACUGUUUUCAAUGUCGGGGUUGGCUUUUGUCGUUGUCCCUAACAGAUAUUUUGGGCACGGUUCUUUUAUCGCCAAUCUCAUAAAAGAAAAUAUUGAAAGAAAUACGACACUCUGUUUCUUUAGUUGUAAGCAUUAUAUUUACGUUCCACAGUUAUGGUUCCCAUUAAAAAAGAUAAUGCUGAACUAAAGCCGUUGGUAGUUAAAGAUUUAUUUCUUUAGUAUAACAUAUGUACCUCUUUCAUACGAGAAAUACAUAGAAAACUUAGGGCAGUAGUUCAAUAGGUUUUUAUAAUCGUUGCAGAUAAAUUUAAUUCAAUUGUGAUGUUUUUUUCUUCCAUAUUUAGAAUCCAUAUUGAAGGUAUGUCGAAGAGCCUGUUACCGGCUGGUUCUGACAACGAGGCUACCAUCCCCUGGUCUCGUCAUCAGUUGGUGGUCACGAAGCAGAAGGACGCCGAGGCCAGGUCCAGCUCCAACUACGGAAUGUGGGACAGCGAAGACCCAGUCGCCAACUUUACACAGUUUUACGAAGACGACGAAAGCAUUGUUGACCAGGUAACAUGAGCAACAUAGUAAACAGAUGCAAUCCACAAACUGAUGUUAUAGAAUCCAUACAUUUACCUGAUGUCAUCCACACACUGAACUCCUAUAAUCCACAUGAAAAACUAGUAAAAUAUACACACUGAAAUGAUAACCAUAGAUUAAACUGACGUAGGCCAUAAAUUGCUCUGACCUAAUCCAUUUAUUGCUCUCACAUAAUCCAUUGUUAAAAUAACAUAAUCCAUUCUUUGUGAUGACCGCAUCAAAAUUUUGCACUGAAAUAAUCCAUUCUUGGCAAUGUUAAAAUACAUUCAUUGCAAUGGUAUAAUCCAUUCAUUUUGCCGAAACAAUUUAGAAAUAGCAAACAACAAUGAGCACAGCUAUCUUAUUAAACGUAAAAACUUGCAAAAAAAAAAAAAAAAAAGACGAUGGAUUUUGCAUGUUUUGAAGAGAAAAAAUAACUGUAUUUUUUAAAGUUAACAUAUGACCAAAAUUCCACCAGGAUUUGGUCUUUUGGAUUACAACGGGCACCUACCACAUCCCACGAAGUGAGGAUCUGCCCCUGACGCCUGCCAUCGCCAACCACCUCGGUUUCUUCAUCAUGCCUUUCAACUACUACGACGAGUGUCCGUCUAUGGCGUCACGUGACGCCAUUUAUAUCCACCACACGGACAUGAAAGAUCCCAGUAAGGGUGUUACAGUGGAGAGGUAGGAGCUUCGCUUUUAAACACAACUCGCAUUCUAUUUACUAGAGCAAUUUAAAAGGUUUACCGGAAAUUUGGUCGAAAGAAAUUUCGUCGAAACUUUUUUUUCAGUUCACACGUUAAAAAUCUCCUCAAAUUUCUUUUUGAACGCACCAUACUACAUAGUAAAACAAAAUAAUGCGUUCAAAAAUGAAAUUUGGAGAAAAAUUUUAAGGUAAAAAUUGAAGAAAAAAAAAGAUUCGAACAAAUUUCCGUUCGAUCAAAUUACCGUCGAUCAUUUACCGUUGACGAAAUUUCUUUCGAUCAAUUUUCUGGAUACGAUUUAUCCAGUAUUUAGUUUCAUUUUUUUAAAUAAUAGAAUUUUUAAUGUAAGCAAUUUUACACAAAGUUAUCGAAAAUUAUGGAUUUUCACAUUUCAAUAAGAGAUGUAGAAUAGUGGAAAAUAUGUACGCAAGAUACAGAAAUUCCUCGGUCGUGUAGUGACAUGGUGGUAGUUUCGACAACAUGACAAUAUGUCCAUUUCCUACUCUUUUCCCAGGUACGGUAACACCGUUGGCCAAUGCACCAUCCCCAAGCCGACCUUGGAAGCUGACCUCGCAGCCAACCCUGACCAGGUUUUAGAAAGCAGACGUGUCAACUUGGUCAACUGAACAAAUGGUGGCAAUAUCAGACGGUGUUUCCUGCUGAAAGACUCUGUGUCACAUGAACUGAACGCCAGAGAAAGAAAACAGUGCUGAUAUCCUUUGUGUUUCGAGUUGACCGAUUUAUUAUUAAAAACAUUUUUUCCUGAACAAAAACAAUAUUUGGUGAAGUCGUUAACUAAACUAAUUCGGACUUGAAUAUUUAUUUUAAAAAUCGUCUGAGAAUUCCUAAGAAAAUAUAAAAUCCAAUAUUUAAUUUUAACAUUUUAAGGAAAGAUAAUUUUUUUUUUAAAUUUACAAUCUGGGAAAAAAACAACAACUAAAAAUGUGGGUAAUGUUUAAAAAUCUAAUGGACAAAAUAAAAUGGGGUGGAAGAGAAAUGUUUACAUAUGAUAUUUAUAGUGAGCAUCAUUCGUGCAUUUUGUGAUAAUGUGUAUUUUCAAACUAUAUUUUGAAAAUUCAUUUUUUUAUUAAAUCGCUUCAUGUUGUUAUGAAAUUAAGCCACAGAAAUUCUAUCGCCCCCAACCAAAAUGUCCACCAUAUAAUAAAAAUUGUAAGCUGUUAAAUACAAUUUUAAAAAAUGCGUCCCCAUUUUAAAAAAAUAACAUCCUAAAUGAAAAUUCUAUGACAAUCUAUCGCUGAAAAAUAGAAUAGAUCGAAUCGGUUUCGACAUUAAAGUCAUCAGUCUGCAUCUUGCAGUUGUCCCAUUCCAUUUGAAUUAUAGAAAGCUAUUGUAUAGCAUAUGUUGUAUACAAACAGUUUAAUUGCAAAAAUCCAUCAUAAUAAUACAGUUUUUGUAAAUAAAUCUGUUCGUUUUAAAUGCAUAAUGACCAAAUAUCUUUGAUUUAUAUUCAUGUUUUUCUUUACACUUAAAUAUAUUUCCUUUUUUAAAAUAAUAUCAUUAAAAUUACGUUUCUAAACAUAGAUAUAUAUUUUGCCUAGAUUUAUUUUAUUUCCUUCAAUUUCAUCAAAAAAAACAAAAAAUUAUAUUUAGACCUAACUGAAUCAAAUUUAAUUUUUAAAAAGUCAAUUUUUUAAUUUUUUUUAAAAGUGUUGUACAAAUUAUUCAAAUUAUUGUUUUCUAUUUGUUAUAUAGAAGUACAAGACAAUAUUCAUCAAAAUGUUUUUCCUGAUUGCUAUUGUAGAUAUAUAUAUAUAUAUAUUAUAUACAGGCGUGUGAAUGUAUAUUAUCGUCAUUGGUUUAAAGUAUGAAACGAGAGUAGCAAUCUUUAGUGCAAUAGUGAUUUAUAUAAUUUCAAUACUCUGUGAAGGGGUUGGUGUGGGCAAUCCUGUAAGUAUUUUUAAAAAUAACUUAAGAUUUCAUAAUGGAAUGAAUCCAAAGUCCAAAAAAAAAUUGGUCAUGUGAUUCUUAUCGAGUUACGGUAAACAAAUUAUUGUGUUCAGUGAAAGUUUCAUGACAGCUGCUCAUGACGCGUGUCUCAUGAUGCAUUACACCAUUGCGUCUGCUCAUGACGACUGUCUCAAGGAAAUCGCUACAAUGACCAUUGCUGCCUCGUGACGUCUAUAUGAUGACUUUUGCUUUACGGCCUCUGCCUCACGACGCUCAUGACGUGAAUGAUGCCUCACGAAGACCCCCAUCCAAUCUCGUCAGCCCCACGACGUCCUUACAGCAGCAUUGAGAACGUUCUGCUGUCGUACUUUCUUGUCCAUGAGAUGCUGGUUUCCUGCAGUGCGGGGUGGCACGGUGAUAUUUUUGGAAAUAGGGUAACACGGUAUUUUAAAACCGAUGGCUAUUAGAGAUUUAAAAAAAAAUGGUUUAUGAACAGAUUUGUUAUAAAUAUUUUGAUCAAUACCAGCAGGACAUAAGAACGAACAAGCUUAAUCUUACUCAAAUAUGUUUGUUCUUUUUUAAUCUCGUUAGUUUUGAUUCGUUAAAUUGAUUUAGGUAAUGUUUCAGGCUCAGUUGGAAAACAACACACACAAAAAACUCACUACCUUGGUCAGCAUGUAUUUGUCAAAUGUAUUACGUCACAUUGAUAUAAACCAGAGAAUGUUGUAUUCUGAUAUUUUGCUCAUUUGUUUCCAUGUCAUAACUCAUGUAGGUGGCGCCACCGUUGAAUGUAAGAUACUCAUUCUGAACAAUUACCUCUAAUAAAGUAACGAUACUGAAAGAAU